GCCGUGACGUGCUCUGUGCUGUGCUCUGUGCACAAUGCUCAUGCAGGGACGCGUGCAAUCAGUCCACGCCCCAGUCAGUGUAGUGCUGCUGCACGACAUAAAUGAUCUGCAGGGUCUUGGAUUCCGAGUUUUUGGUUCGGCUCGGUAGAUCACGACCCAGAUGUCUAGUCUCUGUGAUGAGCUUGGUGAUCUCAAGGGUUAAUGGUAUAAUGGUAAUGGUGCCAAAGGGAUGGGCUGGUCUUCGUGUGCUUAUGCAAGUAUGCACAAUUCCCCGGGAGAUGAUCAUACGUAUUUCUGUAUCAGGGAUAGGUGGAGAUGGGGCAUUUUUAGCAGUCAAAAGAAUACAUACAAUAUGAAGGGUGGUUGGUAUUUUAAUUGCAUUCUGCGUGCGCCAGGCCCGGGCCUGAGUAUAG